GAGAGUGCCCGACCCGGUUAAGGGUUUAGAGUGAGUGAGUCUCGUAUCGUAUAUUAGAAAACCUAAUUUCAUUUCACUAUUACCUCUCUCUCACUCAGCUCUCGUCUUUCCGAUCAGAUCUCAAACGAGAGCUGCGCGUCGGAAGCCAUGGCAGCCUUGAUCCUUCACGCUCCCAACAACGGAAACAAAAAUGUUUACAAAACUCUGAUUGCUGCUGAAUAUGUUGGUGUACAAGUUCAAUUGACUCCUGAUUUUCAGAUGGGUGUUUCUAACAAAACCCCUCAAUUCAUCAACAUGAACCCUAUUGGAAAGGUUCCUGUCUUGGAAACUCCUGAUGGUCCUGUCUUUGAGAGUAAUGCCAUUGCUCGCUAUGUUGCCCGAUUGGGUCACAACAAUUUGUUUGGAUCAUCUCUUAUUCAUCAGGCCCAAAUUGACCAGUGGAUUGAUUUUUCUUCUCUGGAGAUUGAUGCCAAUAUUAUGAAGUUGUACCUGCCAAGACUUGGAUUUGCCACCUACUUUCCUCCAGUAGAGGAGAAUGCAAUUUCUUCGCUCAAGAGAGCACUUGAGGCAUUGAACUCUCAUCUCGCUCACAAUACCUACUUGGUUGGGCAUUCUGUUACCCUUGCUGACAUUAUAACAACAUCCAACUUGUAUAUUGGUUUUGCUAAACUCUUGGUUAAAAGCUUCACCUCAGAGUUUCCUCAUGUUGAGAGAUACUUUUGGACCUUGGUUAAUCAGCCCAAUUUCCGAAAGAUAUUAGGCCAGGUUAAGCAGACUGAGGCUAUGCCACCUAUUCCAUCUGCUAAGCAGCAGCCUAAGGAGUCUAAGCCCAAAACCAAAGAUGAACCAAAGAAAGUGGCUAAAUCAGAGCCCGAAAAGCCCAAAGUAGAAGUUGAAGAGGAGGCACCGAAGCCCAAACCCAAGAAUCCUCUUGACCUUCUUCCUCCAAGUAAGAUGAUUUUGGAUGACUGGAAAAGACUCUACUCUAACACUAAGAGGAACUUCCGUGAGGUCGCAAUCAAAGGAUUCUGGGACAUGUAUGAUCCAGAGGGAUACUCUCUCUGGUUCUGUGAUUACAAAUACAAUGAUGAGAACACUGUUUCUUUUGUGACCCUGAACAAGGUUGGUGGAUUUCUGCAGAGGAUGGAUCUGGCUCGUAAGUAUGCUUUUGGAAAGAUGCUUAUAAUUGGAUCAGAGCCUCCAUUUAAGGUGAAGGGGUUGUGGCUUUUCCGUGGGCAAGAGAUUCCAAAAUUUAUCAUUGAUGAAUGCUAUGACAUGGAGCUCUAUGAGUGGACCAAGGUUGACAUCUCUGAUGAAGUUCAGAAAGAGCGUGCCAGUCAGAUGAUUGAAGAUGCUGAACCAUUUGAGGGAGAGGCUCUUUUGGAUGCCAAGUGCUUUAAGUGAAAACUAGUUCCAGGAGUAUGUUUUUGUCAUAACUUUGGUAGAGUUCUGUUUUUUUUUUUCUUCUUCUUCCUAUUUUCUGCUAUAGUGAUGAAGGUCUGAUGCUUUGUGAUUUCGUUGAAACUUAAAUGCUUGAUUGUGGUAGCUUAAUUUUGAUGGUAACCAGAGUUACAAAUUCUAUAUUUCUCUUUCAACUUAGGCAUGUAUGAAAUUUUGUUUGAUUCUUUGAACGAGGGUGUGUUUAUCAUAGAA